UCUACCUGUGCCAGCGCACGGAGCUGGGGGGAGAGAAAGGUCGCAGCGGUACUGCGACUGCUGCGCACCGCAAAUCCUCCGCACUCUUUCUGGGGGAGAGAUUAAAACAAAACGCAUGGAUUUUACGGGCAGCGUGGAUUAAACGAGGCAGCAAUUGGAACGACUCCGUGGCGCUGGGACCCUGUGCAGAGCACCGGAGAGGCGAACAGCAGGUCUAAGAGGGCGGAGUGGCCGCGAAAUGGCCGACGGCGGGAAGACCAGCUGGUGGAAGUCGAUGACCAUGAAGAAGAAGCCGAAGGAGCUGACGGACAAGGGGGCGGGGCAGGAGAACGGACAGUUCUCCACAGACAAAACAUCGGUCCGGGAAAGUAAACAUUCCCAUCCGAUGGAGGAGAAAGAAUAUUUGGAGCCCAAACUGGAGAAUGGCUUCAGCGAGAAGAACACGCGAAGGAACCUGAAGAUCUCCCGGUCGGGACGGUUCAAGGAAAAGCGCCGGGUCCGGGCCACCCUGCCCGAGAGCCCCAAGUUUUUUGAAGGCAAUGGGAAGGCGAACGAUGAAAAUUAAUGCACAAGCCCUCUUCUGGGGCAUCAGCUGCUUCACAGACUUGUCAACAGACACUAGUGGCAGAGCUUACAGCCCUUAAUUUAACAGUGAUAAAGAAAAAGCUGAAAUUAAAGUGUCAAUUUAUAUUACUUGAAUAUUUCAUGAAUGAUGCGUUAAAUAUUUAUUUGUGUAAUCUGGAUACCUAUUGUAGAUUGAUUUUUUUACGGGUUCCUAGAAUGCUUUUCCCAUCAGGGUGGCCAGGUCUGGCGGUCAAAUCCAUUGCAGCUUCGAAUUGCGGAGUUCUGAUUCAGAACUUUAUUUCUGGUGGGUCGUAGCGGGGAGGGAGAUGAUUCACGUUGUAGUUGAUAUUGAAAAUAUUCUUCGGCAAACAUUUUGUUUGGUGGCCUUGAUAAGCAAGGUCAGCUCCUGAUCCAAGCACUUGUUCAAAUUUAAGAGAAGUUGAGCAUUUUUUUUAAAUAAAAAGAAUUAUUUUCAGAAAAAAA